AUGAAUUCACUUAGCUAUAGCCUACCAGGACAGGACCCCAGAACCAGCCUAGAUGUAAUGGAUCAAGCUUUGAAUGCUACUCGAAAUCCCGAAACAAAUGGAUUUAUUGAUGUCGAUAAAGUGCAUGCUUCACAUGGCAGCUCAAUAGAUCUCAUGCUUUCCAGCCCCACUUAUCCAAGUGUUCUUUACUCGUCCACACCAAGUGCCGUCUUCAAGAGACUAGGGGCACCUCUCCCAAAGGUAAAAAGAUAA